GGGGAAUCCUGUUAUUUGUGUAUUUAUUUGUGUGUCCCAGGGCCCCUUCAAUACCCUCCGUAGCCAUUUUGGCUCAAGCCGGCUGGCCCAGGCGCGCGCGGCAUGCCCACCUCCGCUGCCGGCCCGCGCGCGGGCGCCGGGCGGCGCCGCCGCCGGCCUACCGGCAGGUUCGCCUAUUAUGUGUCGCGCAGGGCGGCGGUCCGCAGGGAUUGGCGGAUGCUCCGGAGGGCGCCCGCGCGUUGGAGAGAGGACAAGGCUCUCGUGCUUGCGGCCGUCCGGCAGAAUGGCAUGGCCCUCCGGUUCGCCAAGGGAUCGCCGCUCUCCGACCGGGGCCUGGUCGAGGAAGCGGUGCGGAGCAACUGGCGUGCCCUGCGUCAUGCUGCGAAGGAGCUGCGGGAGGACGAGGCACUUGUGCGGGGCAUUGUGGAGCAGGAGGCCGAUGCGAUCCAGCUGGCGCCGGAGCGCUUGAGACGCGACCGCGAGUUCGCCCUCCGAGCUGUGGAGAGGAACUGGGAGGUGCUCGAAUUCCUCCCCCGCGAGCUCCGGGCAGACCGUGGCGUGGUCCUCGCCGCGGUGGGGCAGGACGGCCAGGCGCUCAAGUUUGCAGCGGCCGCACUGCGCGCAGAUCGGGGCGUGGUGCUGGAGGCGGUGAGGCGCAGCGGCGACGCCCUGGAGUUUGCUUGCGGGGACCUGUGCGCAGACCGCGUGCUGGUGAUGGAGGCGGUGCGGCGCAGCUGGCGCGCGCUGGAGUUCGCCUCUGAGGCGCUCCGGUGCGACGCCGAGGUCGUCGGGACGGCCUUGCGACAGAGCUCUCAGGCGCUCAACUUCGUCGGGGCUGCUCUCCAGGACGAUCCGGCGAUGGCCGCGAAGGUGUUCGCUGGAGGCGCCGCGGCACCCGGCGGGCCGGCCGCGGCUGGCGGCGCGGCCGCCAGUGCCGCCGAUGGGGCGGGGGCCGCCAUCGGUGCGGCGGAGCAGGAGGCAUUCGCGGCGGGGCGCGGAGGCGGAGCCGCCGCGGCGCCGGGCCACCCGGCGCGCACGGUGGGCGCCGCGGCUCCAGGGGCUGGGCGGGGCGGCUCCGCGGUGUGGAUCGCCAGGGCCGCGAGAGGUCCCGUGAGAUUCCCGGCGGCGGGGCGGGCGACCCUGACGCAGUGGGCCGGGGCGCACCUGUACAGAUAUUGAGAGCCGAGACCGGAGGAAAAAAAAGGCCCCUUCAAUACCCCGGGGAGGGGUCGAGCAGCCGUGAGUAUCGGUACCUUCAGGUGGCCCCUCACGAUGAGGCGAUGGGGGGG